AUGACAUCAGACGAGACCUACCAACCGCCUCCUCCUGGUGAGGGUGUUAUGGAUGCGCUGCGAUUCCAUGGCCAGCAUGACCUCCGUUUCGAGAAGAUACCGAUCCCGCAGGUCAGGAAGGGGCAGGUCAAGGUCAAGCCUGCCUGGGUUGGCAUCUGUGGAACAGGCCCAAAUCUGUGUCCAACGACUCCCCACCCGAUUACAGGAGAAACGAUCCCAUUGACCUUUGGCCAUGAGUUCUCAGGCAUCGUCGAAGAAGUAGGCGAAGGCGUUACCGGCUACAAGCCAGGCGAUCGCGUCGUAAUCCAACCCAUCAUCUACGACGGCACUUGCGCAGCCUGUGAGGAAGGCCUCCAAAACUGCUGCUGGCAAAACGGCUUCAUCGGUCUUUCGGGCUGGGGCGGCGGUUUAGCAGACCACAUCGUUGUCCCCGUCUCAACCUUGUAUCACCUCCCAGACAACGUUCCUCUGGAGAUUGGUGCCCUGGUCGAGCCCCUGGCAGUUGGCUGGCACGCCGUCAAAAUCAGCCCCUUCAAGCCUGGCAACGUUGCUCUGAUUCUCGGUGGUGGCCCAAUCGGUAUAUCGACUAUCCUGGCGCUCAAAGCAAAGGGUUGCGAUAAGAUUAUUGUAUCCGAGGUCUCGCGGCGGCGACAAGACUUUGCAAAGAAGUUUGGCGCCGACUACAUCAUUGACCCCGCCAAAGACGACGUCGCAAAACGUUGCAAAGAGCUCACAUCGAAUAAAGGCGUGCAUAUCGUCUACGACUGUGCAGGCGUGCAAGCAGCGCUCACCAAAGCUGUCCACGCUACACGAGCACGCGGGUGUAUCGUCAAUAUUGCCAUCUGGGAGAAGCCGUGCACAAUCUAUACGAAUGACUUCAAUUUCAAGGAGCGCACCUAUCUCGGCGUGGCGACGUACGAGGUGGGCGACUUUCAAGAAGUCAUCAAUGCGCUGAGCGAGGGCAGUAUGAAGCCAGCAGACAUGAUUACGCAGCGCAUCAAAUUAACAGAAGUGGAGGAGAAAGGAUUCAAGAGCUUGAUUCACGACAAGGAUAAUCAGGUCAAAAUACUCGUCGAAGUUGGUGGUGGCAACCACCAAAGUGCCCACCUCCCCACAAUCCCCCAGAAGUGGAUCGUCACAAGCUUCGCCGUUGUUUCCCGGGUGGCAGCGCCUGUACUGGCAACUACUACCUUUUGGGCCGCCAAUCUGCCUCGCGACAUCGGUGAAGGGAUUAGCGUCGUUGUGGCUAAGGUUGUACCAUAUCCGGCCGUCUUCGAGCGACCAGUUGAAUUCGUACUGGUAUACUUUGCCAUUGGGGACACGGGAGACCUUGACUUUAUGCGAGGGAGGGGAGAUGUUAGUAAGAUUCUUUGUGGCGUCGUUGGGAGGUGUGUGAUGAGGAAGGAGUGA